ACUUUCAUCAGCAGACUGCGCAAUUACAAAAUGAGAGAGUUUUUCACACGGAAGCUUGUGAAGACGUUGGCCAUGGGACAGGGCUUGUCUUUGUUGAUAUGUGGGACGGCUGUCAGCUCGCAGUACCUGGCAGGAGAGUUUCACGUGAAUACGCCCAUGCUCCAGAGCUUGAUGAAUUAUGCCCUGCUGUGCCUAAUGUACACCACAACGCUGGCCUUGAGAAAAGGGGAUGAAAAUAUUUUGCAGAUUUUAAAGACAAAGUGGUGGAAAUAUUUGCUAUUGGGACUCACAGAUGUAGAGGCAAAUUACGCAGUAGUGAAAGCGUACCAGUUCACAACCCUGACAAGCAUACAGCUGCUGGACUGUUUUGUGAUCCCAGUGUUAAUGGUUCUGUCCUGGUUCUUCCUGAAGACCCGUUUCCACACAGUGCACUACGUAGCUGUGUGCAUCUGCCUGCUAGGGGUGGGGGCCAUGGUUGGGGCUGAUCUGACUGCUGGAAGAGACCAAGGCUCAACUGUAAACAUUUUGCUGGGGGAUGGUCUGGUGCUCAUCAGUGCCACCUUAUAUGCCAUAUCCAACGUGUGCCAGGAGUACACAGUGAAAAACUGCAGCCGCGUGGAGUUCCUGGGAAUGGUGGGGCUCUUUGGCACCCUGAUCAGCGGCAUUCAGUUUGCAAUACUAGAACACAGAGCUGUUGAAAAGAUUGAGUGGAACUGGAAAAUUGGCCUGCUCUUUGCUGCAUACGCCCUCUCCAUGUUUGCACUCUAUAGCUUCAUGCCAGUGGUUGUGAAGCUGUCCAGUGCCACAGCUGUCAAUCUUUCCUUGCUGACUGCAGACCUCUUCAGUCUCUUUUGUGGACUCUUCCUCUUUCACUACGCUUUCUCAGGUCUGUACAUUGUCUCCUUCAUGGUCAUCACUGUGGGCUUUGUAAUGUUCAAUGUUGUGCCAACCUUCACCCUGGCUGCAACACCCAGCCAGCGCUGCUGA